GAUUUUUUCUGGAUGUCCUUUUUAAAUUGAGGAAGAAGGCUGAAGACUAAGGGAAAUGGUGAAAUCCACAAUGAACUUUAUUGCUUUGCUAGUGAUUUCAGCCUGUUUCUUCUCUUGGAACUCUGCAAAAUACCACCACCAUAAUCAAGACAAGGACAAAGAGCUAAAAUACCUCUUGGAACCUCUGGUAUAUGCUGAGGUCACUGCUCGCCGUGGACACACAGUUGUUUUGCCCUGUGUGAUGAGAUUCAAACCAUCGCACUACAGAGUAAAGUGGACUAAAAUCGAACCCCCUAGUCAAGGAGUGGAAAACAUAGUGCUUAUAACAAACGGACACGCAGAUAAGCAGUAUGGCUCAGUCGGGCCCCGGGCGUCUCUCCUGCGUGCACAUAACCUGGAUGUUUCCCUGCGUCUUACUGACCUGGAGCUGGAAGAUGAUGGCAGCUACCGCUGUGAACUGAUCAACGGAAUUGAGGAUGAAAGUGUCAUUAUUACUCUGAGAAUUGAAGGAGUUGUAUUUCCUUAUCAGAGCCACCAUGGUCGGUACAGAUUUACAUUCUUUGAUGCUAAAGAAGCUUGUGCUGAACAGGAUGCCACACUUGCCACUUACAAGCAGCUGUACAGGGCCUGGACUGAAGGGUUGGACUGGUGCAAUGCAGGUUGGCUGAGCGAUGGAACUGUCAAUUACCCAGUCCUGCAACCACGGCCGGCUUGUGGAGGGGAUCUUCUAUCAGGCAUCCGAAGUUACGGGCCCCGUCACAAAACACGGGACCACUACGAUGCUUUCUGCUUCACCUCGACCACUAAAGGCUCUGUGUUCUUCAUUCCAGGGCCAUUCAGUUCUGCCGAGGCUGAACGUGCCUGCAGACGGGAUGGUGCCAGUCUAGCGAAGGUUGGUCAGAUCUACUCAUCUUGGAAGUUUCAGCAGCUUGACCACUGUGAUGGAGGCUGGCUGCAAGAUGGCAGUGUACGAUUCCCCAUCAUCAACCCAAGGGAGCACUGUGGAGGGAUUGCAGAACCAGGGGUUCGUAGCUUCGGGUAUCUCGGCAAAAGUUUGCGGCUUUAUGGGGCUUAUUGCUAUAGAUAACUGUUCCAUGUUUUGCUGCCUGGUUAAUUUCUGCUACAGAAUGUCUGCACAUACAUGGCACACUGGCCUAAAAGUGAAGUACCUAAAGAGGUGCAGAAUUUAUCCUUCAUUUGUGGAACAUAACGGUAUGAGCACCACUAGAGGCUCUCUUCAGUGUAGAGCUGCAGGUAAAAGGGAAUGUAUGAGCUAUACAGUUAACGUUCUGGAU